CUUGCUACUCGUUACUGCUCCUGCUGUUAUCUGUUAGUUCUGUUGCUGUUGGCUCGCCCUCGCACACCGAUAUAUCGCGGUUACACUCGCGCCGACCACGAUUCGAUUCGAUUCGGCUCGGCUCAGCUCAAUUCGCCUCCGUUUGUCGUCUUGUCUCUUUUCUCACUUCCUCUCUCAUCUCUUUUCGUCUUUCUCUCUCUCUCUCUCUCUCUCUCUCUCUCUCCCUCUCUCUGCCCGUUCUGCAGUUUCACGCACGCGGCCCGCUGCGUGCGAUUUGCGAAGAGGAGUCUCGCUUUUUCUCUCUCUCUCUCUUUCUCUCCUCUCUCGUUUCUGAAAUUAUUUAGCUCAUCUCUCGUAGCCGCGCACUCCGCUCGGCCGUUGUUUAUUGAGUAUGGCCGUCUUCGCUGGUCUUCGUUUCUGGUAUGUCGCACUAACGAACGAACGCACGCACGCACGCACGCACGCACCGUUCGUGACGUCCGUGUGUCCGUUUGUUCUUAAUAUUCUUGUACAUACGCGCGUCUACAUACUUAUAAUCGAGCAGGUGUCGUCGUGCCUUGUCCGCUGGCAGGUCGUCGACGCCACGCACCGUACUCUACCCAACUCUAUCGUCGCCUGUCACAUUCACCACUGUCGUUGCCGUCGUUGACGUUGUUGUGUUGUCGGUCGGUUUACUAAUACAACAUAUUACGCUCAGCUGCCUCGACUGUACGCCGUGCACACGCGAUUCGCGAAUGCCUGGCAAACACAACGAGCGCGCGAUCUCCCACCUCGUCUCACCUGCGACGAUUCCUUCUGGUCGGUGCGGCCUGCGGUGGCGACUUUAGUCGCCGGUUUCGGAUUCUACGUUUCUACGUGAUCUACGUCAGAUCGUCAAUCGAGCGUCCGUGCGCCCGCGAUUACGCUUCUCUAGCUCCGCACCGUGGCGGUCCGUGGCAGCAGACGACUGACGAGACAGUCGCGCACCUAGGUGACCUAGGUCGUCUCGGCUGUGAACGCGGCAUUACCUCCCUUUUCUACGUUUCAUUCAUUCGUUCCUCGCGUCCUCUUUAUUUGUCUACGCCGGGGAGAGUGAGCUGAAGGGCUGCAUAUAAAUGCUGAAGCGCUUGUACAACGUAGGAUUAUCUUGCGAAAAUUUUUACUUCCGAUACAAAUAUAUUAAACAGUAUAAAACAAUACGCACGAUGAGUAAUGCUACAGGAAAUAAAGUCGGCAUACUUUUAAAAGAUGUUGUGAGUGCAAUGAAUAAAUUUGCGGAUACAUCGCUCGCAGCUUCUUGGGACAAUGUUGGAUUACUGGUUGAACCUACAGAAUCGAAAAUUGUAUCCCAUAUUUUAUUAACGAAUGAUUUAACCGAAGAUGUUAUGGAUGAAGCCAUUAAAUUAAAAACCGAUUUAAUUGUCACGUAUCAUCCGUUAAUAUUUGUUCCGUUGAAAUCUAUUACAAUUAAAUCUUGGAAGGAACGAAUAAUAGCAAGGUGUCUAGAAAAUAAGAUUGCUGUCUUCUCUCCGCAUACCAGUUUCGAUUCUGUGAAAGGUGGUGUAAACGAUUGGCUAGCAGAAGCUUUUGAGCUCGAAAGUAGUAAGCCGAUUCAACCAAAUGAAGAUAACGCGACUUAUGGAUUUGGAAGAUUAUGUACCUUGAAGAACCGAAUAUCCGUCGAUGAAGCAGUAAAUUUAGUGAAGCAACGAACUGAUCUGAAGCAUGUAAGAUUAGCACGUGCGCGAGGUACAGAUGGUUACAUUAAUACCAUUGCAUUAUGUGCUGGAGCAGGUGUGUCGAUAUUGAAAGGAAUAUCUGCAGACUUAUAUCUCACGGGAGAAAUGUUGCAUCACGAUGUAUUGGAUGCUGUACAUCAGGGUAGUCAUGUUAUACUAACAAAUCAUUCCGAUUCAGAACGUGGUUUUUUAAAGAUAUAUGCUUCGAUAUUAAAACGUAAUUUGCAACAACCUGUCGAAGUGUUCGUCUCUGAAAGUGAUAAGGAUCCAUUACAAACCGUGUAAGCCGUGUUAUAAAAAAAAACAUUCACUAUAUCUCUUACACUAUAUCUCUCACAGCAAUCAUAUUUGAUUUAAUAGCGAUUGUACAUUUUAUUAUAUGGAAGAGGGAAACUGUAAUGUUUUGGAAAUAAAGAUCUUUUUUUUUCUUUUUAUUGAGCAUCAUGUACACUUUACUCUAAUAGAAUUUUAAUUUUGAGAUUUACUGUAAUGUUUUUUUUAGUAUCAAUCAUUAAAAGAUUAUGUACAAACAAGAUUUAAUCCAAGAAA